GAGCCUAAUUCUGUGAUAUUGAGGAGUUUCAUUAGUGCUUGUAAGCAUCAUGGUCGUAAUCCUUGCGUAGAAGAAAAUGUAAGGGAGAUUCUCCUCAAAAUAGAGCCUGAUCUCGGAUCAAACUAUGUACUUGCAUCUUGUUUGUCUUAUCUUUUUGGUUAUUGCAGCGAUGCGAACAGCCUAAGAUCGACUAUGAAAGCAAAAGGGAUAAAGAAAUAUCCUGGCAGCAGUUGGGUGCAGUCGCUUGAUAGUCCUUCCGAAGGAAGCAGUUGAAGGAUCUGGUAGUAAUGUUUCUGUUUAUGCCAAUAGAAGAGGCAAUUCAGAUCACAGGAAUGAAGGAAUGGAGGCACUGUUACAUUCCAAAGAUGAGAGAACACUAUCAAUGGUGGAGGAAAAUAAAUUGCUUCUUUUUGGGUAAUACCACCAGGCUGAGGUACAAGUUUAGGGGAACUGUUGCUUUGACCAUUGGAACAGGGUCACACCGAAGUUCCUAACAUUCUUUCAUAAUUUUGAAUAACUUGAAAAAUGAAGAUUACAUUGUGAGGUAAUUUUGAUUUGUAGCUCAUGGGAUAUGACAUUUGAGAGGAACUCCACAAAUUGGUAUACUUCUGGAAGAGGAAAAGCCGUGCUCUGUCAGAGCCACAAAUUGGUAUUCAUCACGACCACUAUCGUCUCUCCCAAUUCAUAUCAUUAUCUUCUUCAAUAUCCCUCCAAUUCACCCGUAUCAUUUUUGAUUAUUCUCACAUUAUUCAAUCAAUCUUCGCAUGGAACACAAUGAUAAGAGCAUAUUCCCAAAUAAAGUCUUUGAAGCUCUUUAAACAGUUUCAAAAAAUUGGAUUAAAACCAGAUAAAUUCACAUGCCCUGUUGCGCUAAAGGUUUGUGGGCAUUGUUUGAUGAUUGGAACUGGUGGAUCAUUGCAUUCCAUGGCUGUGAAGUCGGGUUUCGGUUCAGAUUUACAUGUGAACAAUACACUUUUGAGAAUGUAUACAGGAUUUGGUGUGAUCAGGUUGGAAAGACUGGUGUUUGAUGAAAUGCUUCAGAGGGAUAUAGUUUCUUGGAGUUCAAUGAUGGCUACUUACGUUCAUUGUAACUUGCCUUCAGAUGCUCUGCUCCUGUUCCAAUGUAUGAAGCUAGCAAAUGAAAAGCCAAAUUCUGUCACUUUGGUUAAGUCGUUUUGUUAUCAUCAAUCUGAUCCGUUACAUUUGUCAUUAUUUUUUCUGUAUCUUCUUCCUAACUCUGUUCUUCAUUUUUACUACUAAUAGUUGUUACUUCAAUUACUUUGUGUAUUUUGCUGAUUAUGUUUCUUUGAUCUUAACAAUGAUUAAAAACUGCUGACCCGGGUUGGAAAUAUGGGAAAAGAACAAGUGGGACCAAUAGGGCCGCAGUUGAGUGUAACUUUUGUAAAAAAGUUACUAAUGGCGGAAUCUUUCGUCACAAACAACACCUGAUUGGUACUUUCAAGGACGUCACACGGUGUGAACAGUGCCCGAAUGCUGUAAGGGAAGAAAUGAAAAAAUAUGUUGAUGAAAAGAAGGAACAAAAACGUCAGGCUUUACUUCAAUCGGAUGUGACUAAUAUUGGUGAUGAUAAAGAUGAAGAUAUUGAAGAAGGUGAAGCUACUGAAUAGUUACUUCCUUCAAAAUCAUGAAAAUAGUCAUAGAAUGCAAUAAUCAUAGAACCAUCAUCUUCCUCAACUUCAUCAACUAGGCAUGUAGCUACUUCUUUUCCCGUCCUUUGUAAGCAUUUAGUAUUCCCCCUUAAACCAUAAUGGUUUCUAUGAUUGUUGCAUUCUAUGACUGUUUUCGUGAUUUUGAAGGAAGUGACUAUUUAGUAGCUUCACCUUCUUCCAUAUCUUCAUCUUUAUCAUCACCACUAUUAGUCACAUCCGAUUGAAGUAAAGCCUGACGUUUUUGUUCCUUCUUUUCAUCAACAUAUUUUUUCAUUUCUUCCCUUACAACAUCCAGGCAUUGUUCACAUCGUGUGAUGUCCUUGCAAGUACCAAUCAGGUGUUGUUUGUGACGAAAGAUUCCACCAUUAGCAACUUUUUUACAAAAGUUACACUCAACUGCGGCCCUAUUGGUCUCACUUGUUCUUUUCCCAUAUUUCCAACCCGGGUCAGCACUUUUUAAUCGCUGUUAAGAUCAAAGAAACAUAAUCAACAAGAUAAACAAAGUAAUUGAAGUAACAACUAUUAGUAGUAAGAAUGAAGAACAGAGUUUGGAAGAAGAUACAGAAAAAAUAAUGACAAAUGUAUCAGAUCAGUUGG